AUGCUCCUACCCUUUUCUUCAUCGAUGGAUUCAUGGGAAUUUAACAGUGAAACGCAGAGCGGACUUCCACUCUGGAGCAGCGGGCUUAAAAGUCUCGGAUACUCACCGCAAUUCCCAACAAUUCCACGGACGAGUACGUCGACGCCGACUUUCCCGGGGGAUACAAUGGAUGAAGGCGAAGACGCAUCACCACAAUCAGAGAUUAGCGGCACGGAAGAGGAGAAGGGGUGGGGAUUUUACAUUGGAUCGAUUUGCAGUCGUCGUACGGUAAACGACAUGCUCAUAGACUUGUGGCGCUGCGUCGAGCAAGAGUGGGUCAAUAACAUCGACGGUGUCGUCGAGAAAACUGCCGAGGCCGUUAAUGGUGUUUAUUCUUGGUAUCAAUUGUCACGAAAUGGCCUCCCUCCCCUAAACCCCGAUAAUGAAAAUAUAGAAUUUCUCCUCUACAGCCGCUACCUCCUUUGUCUUGAGAAAAUCUACCGCCCUAUCCUCUACCUUGCUGUACACUAUAACUCCCUUCCGGGAUAUCUCCAAAACAACACCCGGCACUCCUAUGCCAUUCUCGUCUCUAAUCUGUGGUACCAUUUUCGCCAUAAAUGGAUCUGGAAUAUCAUGAGAUGCACUUUUGGCGCGUCUAUUCAUAUCAUUGCGGUUGUGCUCAGUCGACGACUGAUUACAAUAUGCCAAUACCGAUGGGUGGUGUCUUAUUCCACCACACAACUGGACCGCUCUAGUACGGUUGUCUAUUUGAACAUUGAGAGCUUGGUCAGGGGGAGUCACCUGACGUUGAUGUAA